CCCAGACAGAGAGGUGAGACGAGUUUUACUCAGGAGCUGUCCACUCAACUACUGGUGCUGAAGUCAGGAUCCCUUAUUCACGAACGGUAUCGCCACUGAAGGAAUACAGUUUUUGGUUAUCAGCUUCGAUUACGGAUUUACACGAACGCGGCUGCCGUAAAACAAAUUGUGGAAUACACCAAAUCCCCGCUUGAGACACUGUUGGUUUUAAACUAUUCUUUUUUGAUGUUUUUGUUUUCUUCUCUAUAAGUCUCCUGGAAAUAUUGUAGCCUACUGGAUGCCUUGUGACUGCACGAUCAGCAGAAGACCAAUGAGGACCCACGGGCAGCGCUUGGCGAUUUUAACGCUCGGACUCUUCUUCUUGGGAACUGAAGGGAGGCCUGGCCAGGAUGGACACAGGCCUAAACUCUAUCAGCCUCUAGUGCGAUUCCGUCAUAAGGAUGGGAGCCCGGAGAGUUUACGCAUUACAGGGCUGUACGGUCGCGAGGGGCAUUCUGGAUCCUGCGAGAACAAGUACUGUGGCCUGGGGCGACACUGUGUCAUCAACUGGGAGACCGGACAGGGGGACUGCGUGUGUCUGGACAGCUGCAAGCCUCAUUACAAACCUGUGUGCGGGUCGGACGGAGAGCUGUAUACAAACCACUGCGAGCUGCACCGUUCGGCCUGUCUGAAGGGCAGGAGGAUCACCGUGGUUCACAGCGAGGGCUGCUUCUACAAAGAUGACAAAUGCCAGAAGAAUGACUAUCGGAAGCUGAAAAACAUGGUGCUGGAUCUGCAUAACCAGAGGUACAUCAGACAGGAUGAGCCCAGUGAGAGUGAUGAGAAGAUGCUCCUAAAAAGAGCCUUGGUGGACCAAAUGUUCAAGUACUACGAUGCAGACGGCAGCGGACAUGUUGACAGCAGCGAACUGUCGCAGAUCAUCAAGCAGGAGGGACUGGCCAGGGAUGGGUCUGAAUGCACACUGUUUGAUCUCCUGAAAUACGACGAUGUCAACAGCGAUGAGCGUUUGACAAGAGAUGAGUUCUACAGGGCUUUCGAAGUGCUUCAGUUGAGUCUGCCUGAUGACCAGAGGUUGAGCAUCACCACAGUAACAGUAGGUCAGAGUACAGUCAUGACCUGUGGCAUUAUGGGAAUGCAGAGACCUCCUAUUUUGUGGACACGCAACGGUCAAGUUUUGAACUCCUUGGAUCUGGAGGACAUCAGUGACUUUGGAGAUGACGGCUCUUUGUACAUAACUAAGGUGACCACCACUCACUUGGGGAACUACAGCUGCCAUGCUGAUGGCUAUGAGGAGCUGUUUCAGAUCCAUGCUCUGCAGGUGAUCGUUCCACCCGUAAUCCGAGUGUACCCCGAGAGCCAGGUGAGGGAGCCGGGGGUGACCGCCAGCCUCAGGUGCCACGCCGAGGGCGUCCCAAACCCGCAGCUGGCGUGGCUGAAGAACGGCGUGGACAUCAACGGGAAACUGUCCAAGCAGCUCACCCUGCAAGGAAAUGGAAGUGAGGUUCACAUCAGUAAUGUCCACUUCGAGGACACCGGAGCUUACACGUGUGUUGCGAAGAACGAGGCUGGAGUUGAUGAAGACAUUUCCUCCCUGUUUGUUGAGGAUUCUGCACGGAAAACACUGGCAAACAUCCUGUGGAGAGAAGAUGGUUUCGGAGUUGGGAACAUGUUCUACGUGUUUUACGAGGACGGCAUCAAAGUGAUCCAGCCGAUGGCCUGCGAGAUCCAGAGACACAUUAAACCCAGUGAGAAACUGCUGGGCCUCCAGGAUGAGGUUUGCCCAAAAUCACAAGGCAACGCUGAUCAGAAGUGUGUUUGGACGUCUGCGGUCAAUGUCAAGGACAAGUAUAUUUAUGUUGCUCAGCCAACCCUGAACAGAGUGCUCGUCGUAGAUGUGCAGUCGCAAAAGGUUGUUCAGGCGGUGAGGACGGAUCCCGUGCCAGUAAAACUGCACUAUGACAAAUCCCACGAUCAGGUGUGGGUUCUCAGCUGGGGCGAUAUGGAGAAGAAUACACCCACACUCCAGGUGAUCAAUCAGGCCAGCGGGAGUAUGUCCCACCACACCAUACAUACCCAGCCAGUUGGCAGGCGGUUUGAUAGGGUGGAUGAUUUCUUCAUCCCAGCUGCGACCCUCAUCAUUAAUCACAUCAGGUUUGGAUUUAUUCUUCAUAAGGACGAGCCUACGCUUCACAAAAUCGAUCUGGAAACAACACUGUACGUGAAUAGCAUCAGCCUGAAAGACUACGACUGUAUACCAAAAUCCCUGGCCUACACACACCUGGGAGGGUAUUACUUCAUCAGCUGCAGGCCUGACAUGGCCGGCAACGUGCAGCCCCAGCUCAUAGUUGACAGCGUGACAGACUCCGUGAUCGGCUACAACAGCGACGUCACGGGCACCCCGUACGUCUCCCCGGACGGUCAUUACCUGGUCAGCAUCGACGACCAGGAAGGCCUGAUGAGGAUUCAGUCUAUCACGGUGCGGGGAGAGAUCGGAGAGCCCUUCGACAUCCACACCAACCUGCACAUAUCUGACGUGGCUUUCCAGAGCUCCUUCACGCAGGUCCACCAGUACAACGUGUUCGCCAGCUCGGGCCUGCAGACCGAUGUCCUGUACAUCGAGUUAGACUCAGGCACCGUCAAGAUGAUCAAGAGCCUGAAGGAGCCGAUGAGAACAGCCGAAUGGCCCUGGAGCCAGAAGAACCGCGUCGUCGUGGACAGUGGCCUCUUCGGCCAGUUCCUCAUGACCCCCUCCAGGGAGUCUGUGUUCAUUUUGGAUGGGCGUCUGAACAAGCUCAACUGUGAACUUACUGACGUGCCGAAAGGUAACACGGUCUUGUGGGUGGCAGAGGUGUAAUAUGUGUGGAUCCGCACGUUAUUGUACUGAAUUUGAUCAUAAAAUGUACACCCUCUUUACCUUCUUCAGAGUUUAACUAAAAGCAAGGAAGAAACCAAAUCACCUGUAAAAAAAUGUGUAUGGGAUGUUGGGCCUUCAUCCGAAAAUAGAGCAAGCAAUGUUUUUUAUUUUUUUGUGUGUAUAACGCCAAUAUUUCUGAAGGUCCUGCAGCUUUUAGGAGAAAAAAAAAAUCAAUUUUCUGAUAGAUACAAAGAGAAACAAUUUAUCUCCAGUUGCAGUGAAGUUUCACUGCCAGAAUGAAACCUAUUCAACACGCAGCUGCGAUUUGUGGCAGUAAAAGCAGGAAAAGAGUUUGACUGGUUUUUAUAUUUGGCACCUUCACUGCACUGUUGCGCUGUUAAAUCUUGCAUUUGUGCCUUGAAGGAAAACCCAUUGAAGACCAGGAGGGCAGUAUAAUUAUGCCCAUAGUGACUGGAUAUUAAAGUUAACCUUCCUUUCUGGUCAGAGACUUCAAAUCCAUGCUUAUAAAGGGUUUAAUUACGACUGGCGAAUCCCCUUUUCUGUCUAAUUAACAGCUCCAUUAUUAUCGUCCCUUUACAAUGCAAGUUACGAUGUUUGCAAUGACUAUUUAACACAUGUCCUGACUUGUGAUAUUGCAGUAUACAUUAUGUAGAGGGAGCCAUUUGAAUAUUCUCCAGUUAACAAUAAAAGUCUUUAGAAAUGUACUGUUGGAAUAUAAGAACAUUUCAAGUGAAGUAAUUUGCAGGUGAGGUGAAAAUGUGCUGGUAAUAUUGGUAUUCGCACAAACCGAACUUGAUUGAAAAAUGUGUCUAGUCCUAAUGAGGUGUGGUUUUACGGUAUAAAGUGUAGCUGUUGACAUAGUUGUUUUUCUGUUGUUGUUGUUGUUGCUAUUUUGCUAUUUAUAUUUGGCAAGUCAAGACACAACGUGAGCAUAGGUACAGCUGAAACAAUACGAAAUGUAUACAUUUGCUACGAGUGUGGGGUGUAUUUAUUGAGAAUUAGUGGGGAAUGAUCUCUCUUGUGUUAGCCUGUAUGCUGAAUGGAGUUUAAUGUAGACAGACACUCUUGAAGGAUUUUCGGAUAAAAAAGUCCAAAAAAGAUUUGAAAGACAAAACUUUGGAGGGCAGUGUAAAAGAUGUAAUUCUACUUUCCAAAUAUCUCUUGGACUUUGGUCUAGCACAAGCUCACGUGCUUUUUUAGAUGAAUUUUCCCUGGAUGGACAUAUUCUAUGCAUUUUCAUUCUUAAACCCUAUUUUAGGGCAUUUGGGGAAUGGACCUGUACAAAUUUAACUUUUAAUUUUUGGGUUAAAGAGACCUGAUUCAAUCAAAUGGCAAUGUGCUUUGGCCUUGAGUAGGUGAGGCCUUGAGUAACCUAUCUGUGCAAAUGAAGAAUCAACAACAUUGGCAACUGCCACGCUUAGUGAAAACUAUCACACCAUACGAGCGUGAAACUAUUGUACAUGUAGCAUUUGCUCAAAUGAGUUACGUAAGAAAAAUCACUUUGCAGUUGGUCAAAGCAGAGGCCAAAGCCCAGCUAAAUGUUUGAAUAUUUAAUAGAUUUUAUAUUUUUUGAUUUCAUGUAUCUUAUUGAGCCUUUCGACUUUCAAGGCAAUCAUGAAAAAAAUGUUAUUCUUAUAUAAAAGUUAAUUUCAUAAAGAAUGUCAAUACCUACUGUGUUUCCACUUAUUGUUUUUUUUCUUUCUUUCUUUCAGUCUCCCUAGUUUGGUUAUGUAAAUAGCAGCCAUUACUGUGGGGUGUAUUGUUGUUAAUAUGAAUAUGUUUUUGAGGGCUCAGUUCAUAAUUCUUAGAAACUGAACUAGCUUUAUUUAAAAAUAAAAUUACACCAACACUCCAAAUAUUAUCAAGUACAGUGUGAUGUCACAUAAAACAUUUCCAUAUGCAUCUAGUCGUGUAUUUCAAUUCAUGUGGUUGCUAUUUAUGUAGAAAAAUGCUUGACAUUGACAGAAUAAUAAAGCCUAUUCCUUGGAAAAUG